CAUAAUAAUUUUAUUAUAUUUAAUACUUUAUUGAUGAUUUAUGAUUGGUUUUUCUACAUAAUUUUCACUAUAUUGUAUUUUUUUUUUAGUUUACCGUAUAUAUCCGUUAUGAUUAUUUUCAAUUUUAUGCUUACUGUCACCAUAUUACGACGAGAAAUUAACAAUAAUGAACAAUUUCGUACAUGGUUCCAAGAACAUAGAGUUUUUUGUAUAUUUAUUGCAUUUUGUUCAUUAGGUAAUCUUAAUAUAUUGCACGUUUUAAAUUGUAAAUUUAAUUAUAUGGAUAUAUUUGAUGCGAAAUUAUCUUCUACUGCCGAGAAAAAAAUCAUUCACGCAAGUGUGAUUAGUUUAAUUAUUGGAGAUAUUCCUCGAUUUUACCUUUUGACUUACAUUAAUUUAAAUUCAGAAUUUAGUGCAAUUCCUAUGACAAGUUUAUUCUUGACUUUAUUGGUACUUUUCUUCGGAUUCUUUUAUAGAUUAUAUGAAUCAAUGAUUAGAAAUUAUGAAAACCCAACUAUACAAGAAUUGGUUAUAAGCAAAAAACAAUUUUCAGAGGCAUAACUGAUUGUCUCUUUUUAUUAUCAUCUAAUAUUUUUUAUUAUUAUUAUUUAUAAUUUUACUUUUCAUAUGCAUUAUAUCUUUUGAAUAUAGAGUAGAGUUUACAGUUAGAUCUAUUGGAUUUAAAAAUUAGGUUAAGUGAAUCAUG